AUGCAAUGGUCGCUCCAUUCGCCAGGACUGAAGGGCAUUCGCGCUUUGCGUGGCCUGCGACAGCACGUUAGGUUGUUCGUCUCGCUGCGACCGUAUCAAGAACACUGUCUCGAUGCUUGUAUACGCGCCCUCGACUCUGGAUCCACUCGAAUUGGUAUAUCGCUACCGACAGGCUCAGGCAAGACCACCGUGUUCUUGUCGCUGUUGUCGAGAAUUCCCUCGCCAGAAAAUGUUCCAGGCGCGACCAAGGCCUUGGUCAUCGUCAACAGCAUAGAGCUCGCGCAACAGGCUGCAAAUCAAGCGCGUCUCCUGUUUCCCAACUGGUCUGUGGAAAUCGAGCAGGGCACGAAGCACCACGCGUCUGGUCUGGCAGAUAUUACUGUUGCUACGUAUCAGACUUUGCUGCAGAACCCAAGAAUCGCCAAAUUUGACCCCAAUACAUUAAAGGCUAUUAUCAUUGACGAGGCACACCAUGCCGCUGCCCCAUCGUAUCGCCGUCUUUUAUCUCGCUUCGACGCGAACAUAGAAAGUCCUGACCUCGACUUCCUUCCUCCGUCUCUGAAGCACACGAUUCCUAUCAUCGGUUUCUCGGCGACUUUCAGUCGGCAUGAUGGGCUAGCGUUGGGAUCAGUCUUCGAACAGAUUGUUUAUCACCGAGACUUCCUAGAGAUGAUCAAAGAACAAUGGCUCUGCGACGUUCGCUUUACCACAGUACGGGCACAACUGAACUUGAAGGACGUUACAAUCAACACGCGAACUGGAGACUUCAAUCCUACCAGUCUAGCACAUGUCAUCAACACGGAUACUAUCAAUCGUCUUGUCGUUCAAAGCUGGAUCGAUCGCGCAGGAUCGCGGAAGUCUACUUUGGUCUUCUGCGUGAGCUUGGAACAUGUCCGAGCACUCACGCAGACAUUCCGCAAUUAUGGGAUAGAUGCGCGAUACGUGUAUGCUAAGACACCAACAAAUGAACGCAAGCAGCUUGUUGACGGAUUCAAAGCCGGUGAAUUCCCCGUCUUGAUUAACUGUGCUGUAUUGACCGAGGGCGCUGAUAUUCCGAACAUCGACUGCGUUCUGAUCGCAAGACCGACGCGAUCGCAGAACAUAUUUGCCCAAAUGAUAGGCAGAGGGAUGCGCCUAUCUCCCAAUACUGGCAAAACAGACUGCAGGAUCAUAGAUUUCGUAGAUUCGACGAGCCGUGUCUCCGGUGUUGUCGCUGUCCCUACGCUGUUUGGCCUCGAUCCCGCGUCAGUGGACAUAGAAGAUGAGACGAUCGAGAGCAUGGAAGAGAAGGCAGCUGCGGAGAAGGUUCCCUUGGGUAUCGCCGACGAUAUUCCUCAACCUCGAUCAGUGACCUACACCGACUAUGACGACCCCUUCUCCCUCAAACACAAUGCCUCUGGUUCUCCCCAUAUCGCGACACUCAGUACGAACGCGUGGGUGGGUUGUGGCGACGACAUCUACGUUUUAGAAUGUCUGGGCAAAGGUCAUAUACGGAUCGAACCAGCGAAGGAAGAUGAACAGAAGGAACCGCACUUUCAGGCGUGGUUUGCCCCAGCUUCAUUGGACAGAGAGACAGCUCAAGCUUUUAAGCUAUCACCCUUCUUUCGUUCUCGGAAGAUCGUUACUGCACCAACGCUGAGUGCUGCCGUUCGCGCAUGCGAUACAUAUGCUCGUACCAAAGUCAUCCACGGGCCCAUGGUGCAAGGGCUCCUACGAACUGCUAAAUGGCGGAAAGCGCUCGCCACAGACUCGCAGAAGAGCAUAAUCGCCAAACGGUGGCAGAAACGACCAGCUUCGAGUGGGCUGCUUGAUGGAAAGACAAAUCCUAAACUCGCUACAUUGGAGGAACGUCUAGCACAUAUGACGAAGGGCGAGGCUGCCAAUAUCAUCACCCGCUUGAAACACGGAGCUCAAGCUCGGUAUGACAAGAAGGUCAAAGCUACCGUUAAGGCUCAGAAAGUAGUUGCCAGCGAAGAGGCACGCCGUGCGCGAUACGAGGUUAAAGUUGGUCCCAUGCAUAGAGCCUAA